UGGCAUAUUUGUUAAAUUUAUCUCGAUACGAGCUCCUUUAAAAUUUGAUUAGAGUUCAAGAAAAUCAUUGUUGUUCUCCGUAAUUUCAACUAAUUACAAUUAUAUAUUUCAUUCGAGUAAAAUAUGUAACAGAAACGGAGACCACGCUUCAUGAAGCGAAUGUCUCUAGUUUGAAUCUCCCCUCCCCCUUUUGUGUGGACAUAUAAAAAAAAAAUUAAAAAAAAUGUUACAGAAACAAUACAUGUUCCUAAACAAUUAAUUUAAAAUCCGAAAGAAACGAUGCGUUUUUGUAACUAUGAAUAAUCAACAUUAAAAUCACGAGCCACAGCAUUUUUUUUUUUUUUCUCAAAUAAACGCAACCUUUGUACUUAAAACGCUGCGUUUUCGUAAAACACUUGAACUCGUCCAGUUUCCCCCGUCGUCGUCUUGUUCCUUGUUCUCACCGGAGUCUGUGAAAUAUAUCCAUCAAAUCAAAGCCUUGGUUCCAACUGAUUUACCUACCUACCUAUAUAUAACCUGUCUUCACGCUCUCUCCGCCACACACAAUCCAUUCUUUUCAAAGUCUUUAUUUAAAAUAACCGUUUUCCACUUCCCUCCAAGAAAAUGUGUUGUCACAAGAAAGGCUCCUCUGCCCACACCAAGCGGUCCGAACCCCCAUCCCUUGCACCCUCUCCCUCCACUCAACCCACACCGCCACCUGAGAAGAUGAUCAUCAUCGAAGAAUUGGAACUGGCCGUCGCCGCCGUCCGAGGCCGGAACCUUAGCACAGCGCUGAAACUCGUCGACGACUCUCUUUCGCGCUACCCUGACUCCGCGGUUCUUCACAGUAUCAGAGGCGCCAUUCAUUUUCAGGCCGCUUCUCAAACCAGCCACAACUCUGCCGCCCAAGUCGAGCACCUCAAGAGUUCACUCGACGGCGACCGCCGGGCCCUCCAGCUGGCCCCGAACUCCGUCUCCUUCGCCCGCUACUACGCCCAGGCACUCUUUGAGCUGGCCCAGAACGACGCCGCUGUGGAAUAUGAUUACAACGCCGUGAUCGAAGCAUGCGAGUGCGCGUUGCUGCUGGACAAUCCGACGGACCCGGUGGAAGAUCUCUUGGGCAUUGGAGGGAUGGCGUACGUGGACCCCAGCCCAGUCGGGCGAAUAGAAGAAGUGAAAAAGAAUCUCGUAAAUCUCAUGGAGGAAUCCAAGAAAAACAAGAAGAGUACUCUUCUUGUGGACGAAAUUGAGUCUCUACAACUACAACGUAGAAAGGAGGAGACCAUAGAGCCGAGCCCGCAGAAUCACGCAUUGUCCCUGCCGCCGCCGGAUGAUUGGCCUAGGAUCGAAGAGAAAAGAAACCACUACAAGAAUCUCAAUAUCACAGCCCGAGCAAAUAUUAAGCGAACCCCUGAAGCUGGCUGCUCUUAUCCAUAUGAGCCUGAAAGUGACCCGUCGGUGUUUGAUCGAUUCUCUGUAUAUAAUUCUUGCUUCCCUCCAGUUAAAAUCCUGGAGUGGUGGUUCAGCAAUCACGGCAAUGAGCCCCAAGUGAGAGUUGAGUUACCUCCAAGUAUUCAUACUGAUGGUAAUUGGAUAGGACUUGCUUUAUUUGCUUCUUUUUCAGUCUGCGAGCAUUCACUUGCCAUCCUUGAAGAUUUGGAGAAAGAAACUCAUCUUCUUUGUUGUUUGGAAACUGACGUUGAUAGUAUAGAGCCUCACCAUGCCUAUCGCCCCACUCGAGCGGAUUUCAAGCUGUUACAUCUUGGUGGGUUCAUGUGGCUGUUCUAUAUUCCGAGAUGGUCACUUCCAGGUUGGUUGAGUAUAUCCAGGCGCAUUGAGGCUUUCAUUUUCAGCGACAGCCCAAGCUUGAGAGCGCAAAAUUUUGGGCUCCGUCUUCUAUUCCGGCAUAAUGAGGGAGAGUUUAUGGAAGCAAUAAGGCAUUGUGUUGCCUCAUUGUCUGAUAGUCGGGAUCUCAUUUGUCAUAAUUUGGCGGUUGAUCUUAGACAAAGAAAUAAGCAAAUUCAUGAUGAUGAUCAGACAAGGGCAAAAGACAAGGGAAAAAGAGUUCUGCUAGAAUAAACUGUACGUAGUUAUUUGUCCGGUUGUUUUGGUAAUUGAUGAGAGGCAAGAUAAAUGCAUUGCCAUUAGUUUGAUAAAUGGAUGGCAGUGUAGUAAUACAUGACUGCCAUGAAUACUCAAACAAGGACUCCAUUUGCCACAUUGAAUAUUUCGGAACAGUUUACUGGCAUUAUU